UGUUUGGUAACGAGAUAAGCAUGAUGAUGAUCCACGGAAGCUACCAUUUUCAUCCUUAUCUCAAUCGUCUAUAAUUUAUUUAUAUUUAUGGUAAUGUUUUUCACUGAGCACCAAAAACCAAUACAUAAGCCAUCUCCGUAUACACCGUCGGCUGGUGGCAAGAACAGUUCACUGAUCCAUUUUCAUCUUCAUUUUCCAACUCUGACCCAUCAUUGUUGCUGCUACCAUGCAUAGGAUCGUCACCGCGAGGUCCAUUUUUUCUGCUGUUUUCAGAAGCAAACCUCGGCCUCACUCUGCUGCUUUUUCCACAUCCUUGCUCUUCGACGAAACUCAGAUACAGUUUAAAGAAAGUGUUUCUCAGUUUGCAACGGAAAAUAUUGCCCCUCAUGCUUCAAAAAUAGACCACACAAAUUAUUUCCCAAAGGAGGUGAACUUAUGGAAAAGCAUGGGGGAAUUCAAUCUCCUUGGGAUUACUGCUCCAGAGGAAUAUGGAGGGCUUGGUCUAGGUUACUUGUAUCACUGUAUAGCAAUGGAAGAGAUUAGCCGUGCUUCAGCGUCCGUUGGUCUUUCAUAUGGUGCUCAUUCAAACUUGUGUGUCAAUCAGCUGGUGAGAAAUGGAAGUCCUGCUCAGAAAGCGAAAUAUUUACCAAAGCUUAUUUCUGGGGAUCACGUGGGAGCAUUGGCAAUGAGUGAGCCCAAUUCUGGGUCCGAUGUUGUCAGCAUGAAAUGCAAGGCUGAUCGUGUAGAUGGGGGCUAUGUACUCAAUGGGAACAAGAUGUGGUGUACUAACGGGCCAGUUGCUCAAACUUUAGUUGUCUAUGCUAAAACAGACAUAACUGCUGGAUCAAAAGGCAUUACGGCAUUCAUUAUUGAGAAGGGAAUGGCUGGAUUCAGUACUGCCCAGAAAUUGGACAAACUUGGGAUGCGAGGAAGUGAUACAUGUGAGCUUGUCUUUGAGAAUUGCUUUGUUCCAGAAGAAAAUGUUCUUGGGAAAGAGGGAAAAGGAGUAUAUGUCAUGAUGUCUGGGUUGGAUCUGGAGAGACUUGUUUUGGCAGCUGGUCCUCUGGGUAUUAUGCAGGCAUGUCUUGAUGUUGUUCUUCCUUAUGUUCGUCAAAGAGAGCAGUUUGGUCGUCCCAUCGGGGAGUUUCAGUUUAUACAGGGAAAAGUUGCUGACAUGUAUACUGCAUUACAGUCCUCAAGGUCUUAUGUGUAUUCUGUAGCUCGAGAAUGUGACAAUGGAAAGGUUGACCCAAAGGUGCAUCCACAUGUUAAAUUAGUUCUAUUAAGCUUCAUCAUCGUGUGUGCGUGUGUUUUCUGUUUAUGGAACUACAUCCAUAUUUUUUCAUAUAUUUCAAGAAAGGAUUGUGCUGGAGCCAUACUUUGUGCUGCUGAAAGAGCAACUCAGGUUGCUUUGCAGGCUAUACAGUGUUUAGGUGGGAAUGGGUACGUGAAUGAGUAUCCUACUGGUCGUUUCCUGAGAGAUGCCAAACUCUACGAGAUUGGAGCAGGAACUAGUGAGAUCAGAAGAAUGAUUAUUGGACGUGAGCUCUUCAAGGAGCAAUAACAUGCCACUAUGGCUUGCACCUUACGCGAUUCUAAUCUUUUGGAUCUUGAACAAUGCUGAUACCUUGGGAUGUGGAUGAAACUAAUGAAUGUUUCAUUCAUCAAACAAGAAUUAUAAUAACGAGAAAUGACCAUUGGUCCAAGGAAUAAAUUUUUGCAUGUUAUAUUUUUGUGUGCUUUGAAGUUCUUCACAACGAUGUUACUAAGUAUUUAAUGUGAUGUUGUCAAAUUACAAUAUUCAGACAAGAGAACCAACGAUUCACGCUUUACAACUUGAUUUUUCUAUCUUAAUAAUUAUUAUUGAGUAUACCAA